AUGGACACCGCCGCUUCAGGACCCCCUCGAGCUCACGAAACCGACCCUCGCCCGGAAGCGGCACCGGGCCAUCACCCCACCCACCACCCUGUCGCCGACGGAGGCGUCCAGCAUGUCUACGCUAUCUACAGUUACACCGAGAGUACGGUGCGCAAGUGCGAUCGCUGCUCGUAUGAGGGCACGCCGGACACCUUCCCGCUCAAGAAGAACGGCUCUGGCUACCUCAAAGUCUGUUUCGCGUGCAACAACAAGCAGCUCGCGAAGAAGGCCGCCUCUGCCUCCACCUCCACCGCCUCUGCCAGCGCCGUCGCCUCAACCUCUUCCGUGUCGCACCAUGUCAUCGCUACCGCACCGCUGCAGAUCAGCCGCCACAACGGGGACGGCCCCAGCCGCAACUCCGCGAUGGAGCUUGAGCAGUGCCUGCAGACGAUAGCGAGCAACAAGGACUGGCCGUUCAAGUUUGACUCCUUCGUUCGGCUCACGCAGGAGGAGAUGGAGGGCUUGUGGCAGGGCGGCGCGGACGCCUCCGUGCACGCCCGCGCCAAUGCGAUUCGGGAUCGGGUUGCGCUCGCUUCAGGAUAUCACUGGAACCAGAAAAAGUCGCUUCGCGGCAAGGGCUCUUCGCGCACGACGGUGAUCACCUACUACUGUUCGCAGCUCGAAGGCGAGAACACGAAGCACAAGCUCGUUGCGGACGAGGGCCGGCGGCGCGCACGGCGCGAUAAGAUGCCGCGCUACCACUGCGGCGGCUGGCUCCACGUCACGAUCGUCGACGACGACCCGCUCUUCGUCCGCGUCCGGCUCGCGCACGACGAAGCGCACCCGCCGCCCGACCUGGAGGGCCGCAAGCGCGCUCCCGCCCCGAGACGGAGCAGUCAGCUCGUUCACGACGAUCACGACCUUGACCACGCGCAAGAUCCCGGACAGGGGCAAGGGCAGAGGGAGCCCGUCGCACCGGAGAUAGGACCUGACGGGACGGUCGACGCGUCGUACCUGCUCGAGCGCCUUGCCGCGUCCGCCGCAGAAUCACUCGGCGCAGACGCUCCCCAGCCUCAACCUCCGCCGCCCAGCACCGCCACCCCCCUGCAACUACCCGCUAUCCGCCCCAGGCCACCAGCUCCAGCACCUGCCUCCCAACAUCAACAUCAACAAGACGUAUCACCUUACGCCGACGUGGCAUACGCGCUCCCCGAAGGCUUCGGCCCCCCUAGUCCUCCCUUCAGCCCCAGCUCACUGGGCGCGGACACGGCUCCGUUCUUCCAGCCACAGGCGCAGGUGCCGGGCACGUCCCAGCCGCAUCAACACCAACAUCAGCAACAGCAGCAUGCGUACACGGGCGCGAACGGGACGGCCCCGGGUCCAGGCCCGAUGCAAGAAUACAUUGACCCCGCGCUCCGCAACGCACCCAUACCACCGCACUCCGUCAUCUACCCGCCCGCGGUCGUCGAAUCCGCCCGACGCGCGUUCGGUGCCAUCCUCGACGCCAUCGCCGACCCGCGCGGGCUCGACGCCGAGCUCGCGCACAAGCUGCACCCCAUCCUCGGCGCGUCGGUCGAGCUGGCCGGCGCCCUGCUCGCCCAGGGCCGGGGCCAGCAGCGCGAUCCUGGGUCAAGCGGAAGUAGUGGCGAGGGGCAGGCCCGCGCUGCGAAGCGGGCGCGGCUCCGAUGAUCAUGAUGACAGACAUUCUUGUGCUCGUUCGUUCGAUUUCAUGGGGUCUCCUUCUCUGUAUGACGAAAGAAGUCGUGGAAGACCCCUCCGUUCUUAUGUACACUUAUAAUGGACUGCUACUCAUGGACUGCUUUCUGUAUCGUGCUCCGCGCACAAGUGCUUGUUAGCGAAGCCUGUACUUACUUAUCAUUCCCCGUCUUCCGGGCUCGAAUUCGACC